AUGGCCUUCCAGUUUCCGAUUCCCCGGCCGAAUGUCGCCGCGGUGACUUCGGACCUAUGGCCUGCGAUGUCGAGCGUUCUGGCCGCUCCCUUCAAGCAGGCCGGCCGAGGUUCGGCGGCCGAGGUUCGCGAUAUUCGUCAACAAGAUCUCACCCCGGAACAGAAUGCGGCGACAUUUCAGCGUGUGUCUUUGCCGGAGUGCCUGGACACUGUCUCCCUGGAGGCAUUGAGAUCUGGUAUUCUCAACCGGCCCGCGCCGCACAGAUUGUCGCCGCUGUUGAGUGGAAAUAACGCUCUCUGGACCUCAUCGACGAUUUCGCCAGCUCGCGGCUUCGCAUCCCCAGUAGCUCGAUCCUUUUCGACCUUGACCCCCUUCCACCUCAAUACCCUUCGCUCCACCCCGAAACUCAGCGGACUCUCGAGACUUCAGCAGCAAAGAUUCCUGUUUGGCGGCCCAUCGCAGAAUCUGUUGGCUCAGAAGGAAAAGACAGCGAACAACAAUCCGAAUAGUCCGAAUGCCCAGAACACAUUCUACCAGGCGCUUCUCCGCGCCAACAUGCCGGCCAUUGUCGUGGAAAGAUACCGUAGCGCUCAAUUUGCGAGCAAUGCGGCAUCCGAGGCAAUUUAUGCGAAGGCUCUGGAACGUGUUGGUGGUGCCGAGUCCGGCGCUAUUGCAAGCCAGAAUCAGAAUCUCAACCCGGAUCAGCUUCAGGCCAUCGGCCAAGCUGUUGCUGCACGGUCUCAUGGUGGCCAAAUCGGAAUGUCAAAUAAGCCCAAUGGUACUGGUGGCAAGGAGGCUCCUCUCUACGUUGUGGUUGAGGAAUCUCUCGGCAACACUGUCUUCCGCUGGGUCAAGUUCUUGCUCAUCUUUGGUUUCUUCACUUAUCUGUCUCUCGUUCUGAUUACCAUUCUGGUUGAAACAACCGGUGUGUUGAAGAACAUCCGCGGCCAGCAGAACAACGAAGCUCAGCCUGAGAAGCAGACUGUACGUUUCAGCGACGUUCAUGGCUGCGACGAGGCGAAGGAUGAGCUGCAGGAGCUGGUCGAAUUUCUUCUGAACCCCGAGCGUUUCUCUUCCCUUGGUGGAAAGCUACCCAAGGGUCUGCUUCUAGUUGGUCCUCCCGGAACUGGUAAGACUCUGUUGGCUCGGGCCGUUGCUGGAGAAGCGGGUGUCCCGUUCUUCUACAUGUCCGGUUCCGAGUUCGAUGAAGUCUAUGUGGGCGUGGGUGCCAAGCGUGUUCGUGACCUCUUCAGCCAAGCCCGUGCCAAGUCUCCAGCAAUCAUCUUCAUUGACGAACUGGAUGCGAUAGGUGCGAAGCGAAAUGAACGUGAUGCUGCCUACGUCAAGCAGACCCUGAAUCAGCUUCUGACCGAACUCGAUGGCUUCUCGCAGACCACUGGUGUGAUUAUCAUUGGUGCUACUAACUACCCCCAGUUAUUGGACAAGGCACUGACCCGACCCGGUCGAUUCGACCGUAAGGUCAUCGUCGGCUUGCCCGACGUCCGUGGCCGCAUGGAUAUUCUACGUCAUCACAUGAAGGAAGUCCAGAUCAGCACGGAUGUUGAUGUGGGCGUCAUUGCCCGUGGUACUCCUGGCUUCUCCGGUGCUGACCUGGAGAAUCUGGUGAACCAAGCCGCAAUUCAUGCCAGCCGCGACCGCAAGCUCAAGGUUGGCCCCCUGGACUUUGACUGGGCUAAAGAUAAGAUCAUGAUGGGUGCCGAGGCUCGCAGCCGUAUUAUUCAGGACAAGGAUAAGCUCCUCACUGCUUAUCACGAGGCCGGACACGCCCUGGUUGCGUACUUCUCGCAAUCUGCUACCCCGCUGUACAAGAUUACCAUUGUUCCUCGUGGCAUGGCAUUGGGUGUUACUCACUUCCUGCCGGAGAUGGACACCGUCUCGCGCAACUACACUGAGUAUCUGUCUGACAUCGACGUCGCCAUGGGCGGCAAGGUCGCCGAGGAGAUGAUCUUCGGCCCGGACAACGUUACAAGUGGUAUCUCAGCGGACAUCCAACAAGCAACGGAAACCGCCUUCACCCUGAUCACCCAAUUCGGCUACUCCAAGAAGCUGGGUAACGUCGACCUGUCGACCAACUACAACCGCCUCUCCUCAGAGACGAAGCAAGAGAUCGAAGCCGAAGUGCGCCGCCUCGUCGAGGAGGCCCGCGCCCGCGCAACAAAAAUCCUCACCGAGAAGCGCAACGAGCUGGAAAUCCUGACCAGGGCCCUGAUCGAGUACGAGACCCUGACCAAGGAUGAAAUGGAGCAGGUGCUCCGCGGCGAGAAGCUCGACAAGAUCUCCUUGUCGCCCAGCGCGCCCAUCAAGCUGCCCGAGGCCCUGCAGGCAGCUAACCUAAACCCGACGGCGGCAGCGGAGGGUCCAGGCACGGCGGCAGAGUAA